GUGAAGAGCGGAGACCACACUUUCUACCUCAACCCCUGUCGAGGUGUCGUACACAGUCGCGAGAAGUGCCCGACGUCCGCGCCAGAUAACACGGGUGUCUGCCGAACAAGCUCAGGUAGUGGCGAAAUAAGCUCGAGUGAUGACGGAAUAAACUCACCUGUUUCGUACGGUACCAAUGACAACGGGGCGAUUGUGUGGAACGAUGGACUGGUGACCAUGGCAUUUGGUGAGUGUGUUCUGCACUGA